AUGACUGCGGUUCAUAUAUCCGCUGCUAUAACUGCUUAUGCUCGUAUUCAUAUGUAUCCAUUUAUAUCUAGGCCGGACUGCUUAUAUACCGAUACCGACUCUGUAUUUCUUCAAAACCCGCUGCCAGACGAAUACAUCUCAUCCACGGAAUUAGGGAAAUUCAAACUCGAAUCAACACCCAGAUACUGUAUCUUUGCUGCGCCAAAGGCCUAUUUUGAGUAUAACGAAGACAAAGACAAUGUCUUGAAGUUCAAAGGGGCUGCUAAGGAGUAUGUAACAGAAGAGUGGUUCCAUACAGUCUUACAAGAUCCGUAUCACACAGAGCAACAUACAAUUCACUCAGAUUUCAGAGUCUCUUUGAAACACCUCAAAAUCAUGAAAGAGAAAAUGAAUUUCAAACUCUCUCUGCCUGACAGCACGAAGAGGUUGCCGAUCUAUCACCCACCACAAGGCAGUCAAGAAGGAAAACCCCAGUGGGUUGACACCCAACCUAUAAAAGUUAGGGAUGUUGGUAAUGAAGACGCUAAUACAAUUCUAGAAUUCCUUCGAAAGGAUCUAGAGAAGAAGGACUCUGACACUACUGAGAAAAAGCCUGCCAAUGAAAGCUUAGAAAAAGAGAAUGAUAGUCAAGAAACCAACAACAAAAAGACAUCCUGGAAGCAGAGGUGUGGAAGGGCUCCCCGCAGCAGCAGCACCAAAGAUCGAGUCAAGAGCUGGCUUGACGCCUACAUAACCCACCACCAGGAGACUUCGGGUAUCAGAUCAAAUGUAGUUCUCCUAUCCCAAUCUUAG